AGCCUUGUUUUUUUCUAUAGAAAAUAAAAUAAUAACCCUCUUAAGUCUCUUAACCGUAUCUUGAUCAAACCCCUGGAUAUAAUACCAGACUAGAGAGGACAGAACAGAACAUUACCGUCAGCUCCAAGCCUCCAACGUUUGACCUCUCUCCAAACCCCGUGGGUAUCGCCAGCAAUCUCACUCUCUCCGAAGCCAUGGGAAUCGCCGGCAAUCUCAGUUCGGACCAAGUCCAGUUCUUCAACUCCCAAGGUUAUCUUGUACUGGAAUCGUUCGCCACUCCUGAGGAAAUCGAAGCCAUGAGGACGAGGAUGGACCAGUUGCUCCACGACUUUGACUGCUCCGCCACCGCCUCUAUUUUCUCUACCAAGAACCAGCAACAGUUGACCGACAACUAUUUCUUGGAAAGUGUCGACAAGAUUUCGUUUUUCUUCGAAGAGAAAGCUUUUGGGGAUGAUGGAAGCCUAAAGCAGCCAAAGGGACUUUCCAUCAAUAAAGUUGGACAUGCAUUACAUGAGCUUGAUCCGGUAUUCAAAAAGUUCUCCUAUUCUGAGAAAGUUUCGGGUUUGUUAUCCUCCUUGGCAUACAAAAGGCCCAUUCCCAUUCAGUCUAUGUAUCUCUUUAAGCAACCGGGUAUUGGCGGUGAGGUAGUGCCACACCAGGAUAACUCAUUUCUUUAUACCGAACCACAAACUUGCACUGGGCUGUGGCUAGCCUUGGAAGAUGCAACAGUAGUAAAUGGCUGCCUGUGGGCUAUUCCUGGAUCUCAAAAGAAUGGCCUUGUUAGACGGUUGAUUAGAGGUGAAGACGGUAUGACCUUUGAUCGUCCGUCCCCUGUGUAUGAUCCAAAAGAUUUUGUGCCUAUUGAAGUCAAAGCUGGGUCUUUAGUUGUUAUUCAUGGUGAUCUUAUUCAUCAAAGUUUCGAGAACCAGUCUUCAAAGUCAAGGCAUGCAUAUAGCGUGCAUGUGGUGGAUACAGAUGGCUGCAAAUGGGCUCCAGAUAAUUGGUAA